AUGCACUCAUCAUAUUUUCUAUCUAAAUACUUUGUUUGUUUCCAAAUCUUGGCUAUACAAAUCUUCGUACGCUAUGUUUCAUCCCUGAACCUUACCAAUGCAUAUUUGCACCACAAAUGCCUCGUCGAUCAAGGGAAAUAUAAGCCGGGAAGCGAGUAUGAGGAAAACCUUAACCAUCUUAUCAAUCAUAUAUCAUCUACCCAAAAAUUUCCAGACGGUUUCACACACACAUCUCAUGGCGAGGCUCCGAAUUUCAUCACCAUUGUAUUUCAGUGUCGUGGCGACUCCUACGGGUCUAGAUGCAGUUCUUGCUAUGCCACCGCGGUCGCCGAGCUUCGUAAGAGAUGUCAGAGAUACAAAGGAGGAAUAAUAUGGUACGACCAAUGUUUUCUCGAUGUUAGUACAAUCGAUACACCCCCAACGAUGAUCGAUUACGAGAAUACUUUCUCUAUGCACAACCAAAAGACCGUGAACGAGGAUGCAGAGUCGUUCAACAAAAAGACUAGGGGCUUCCUCUACAAUCUAAUAUUGGAAGCUAAUAAACCCAAAAUGGGUAGUUAUGCGGCGGGUGAGAUGAGGCUUGGAACGAAAAAGUUGUAUGCAAUGGUACAGUGUGCGCUAGACAUAUUUCAGUGUAAAGUUUGUUUGGAAUGGAGUAUCAAUGAGCUUUCAAAAUGCUGCCAAAGUAAACAAGGAGCAAGAGUUUUGGGUACUAGCUGUAGUAUUAGGUAUGAGCUAUACCCUUUUCUACGGACUUAA